UCGAUCUACCACAUAUUAGGGUUUUCUCUUUCUCUCUCUAUCUCCAAAAAAGAAAGAAAAAACUCUCAUUCUUCUCCUUCAAUAAUGGCUGCCACAACAGUGAGGAUGAUCACUUUGAAAUCCUCCGAUGGAGAGAAGUUCGAAGUCGAAGAAUCCGUUGCUCUUGAAUGUGAAACCAUCAAACUGAUGAUCGAAGAUGAUUGCGCCGACACCGCGAUUCCUCUCCCUAAUGUCACUGCAAAGAUCCUCUCGAAGGUGAUUGAGUACUGUAAGAAACACGUUGAAUCUUCUGCUGCUGCAAAGUCUUGUUCUACUGAAGAUAGUUGUUCUUCUACUGCUAACAGUUCUACUAAUGAAGAACUAAAAAUAUGGGAUAAAGAGUUUGUUAAAGUUGAUCAAAAAACACUCUUUAAUCUUAUCUUGGCGGCUAACUACUUGAACAUCAGGAGUUUGCUAGAUUUAACCUGCCAAACUGUGUCUGACAUUAUCAAAGACAAGACUCCAGAGGAGGUUAGGAAGAUGUUCAACAUCAAGAACGACUUCACCCCGGAAGAAGAAGAAGCAAUUAGGAGGGAAAAUCAAUGGGCUUUUGGUCAGUAAAUUAAACCUGUGCUUCAAGGGAUUUCUCUACAAUAAUGUCUAUAGGAAUAGGAAGUUUAAUUUGUU